AUGCCACCGACUAAACGACCUUUGGCGCAAGCCGACACGAACGUGAUUCUGCCGCCGAAGAAGAAACAGAAGGAGAAGGAUGUUACACUUAUUGAUGAUCACGCAUCGAAAAGUAAGGGAGAGUUGGUGGAGUUGUUGAAGGAGCGAUCCAUGCCGAGUAACGGGACGAAGGAUGUCUUAAUCCAGAGGUUGAGAGAUAAUGAUGGACACGUCGCGUCCAGGGAUUCAGGAAAGACAGAGCGCAGGAAGUCUGCGAGGAUAGAUGCUGCAGAGCAAAGUGCGAAGAUGAAGGAAAGGCGCGAAGAAGGCUUGAAAGAUCUAUGGACUGUCAAGAAUAAAGCAUUGGCUUCUCCGAGUGCGCCAAUCGUCGAGACGUCUUCCGCGACAUCUGAGAGGAACUCGGCCGCAGUUCCCCCACAAAGCUCGCAUGGGCAUCGCAUCAAUUAUAGAACAAAGGAUAAUAGUAAAUUGAGGGCAUUGUUACGCGAUUGGCGAGUGAUGCAGCCGGAGGAGGUGGAGAGUAUGGAUAGGAUGGCGAUGAUCGAGAGGCUUGAAAGACAUGAGAUGAGGGGUUACGGAGAUGAUUAUGAGAGUUUGACCUGUGAUCAACUUUCCACAUUAUUAAGUGCACGGCUACUUCCAAGUAGUGGAGUUACGAAAGCGGCGCGAAUGGAACGAUUGAGAUACGAUGAUGCUUUGGAUCGAGACAAUGGGAAUUUGGAAGAGCGUAGUCUGUACACUAAUCUUGUGAUUUGUCAAAAUGAGAUACAGAGAUAUGAACAAAUGUUGAAUUGGGUUUAUGAUGAGGAAGGGGAAAAGUUAUACCAAAAUUUGGGUGUGGGGCAAUUGAGAUCCCUAGUGGACUUGAGGCAACAAGGGAGAAAGAUAAAAAUUGUUUGUGAAGAUUCUGAAUUAGUUGAAUGGUUAGAAGCGGAUGACCAAAAGCUGGCGCGAAAGAAGAAAGUCGAAGUAUCCAGUCUCAUGGGAUGUGAAGUCCCCGAGGAGCUGGAACGAUGGGAAAAGAAACUUGCGGAUACGAGAGUGGAAUUAGAGAGUAGGAUAGGCCAUCCACUCCCAGCCGAGGUAUCAAUGCAGGAAUCGUUCAAAUACGAUGUUCCUGUUGUUACGAAGAAAGCUGGGGACCAAGGAGCCUUGAAUUGUGAUCCUAAAAAGACGAAUUGGGGACUAUUCAGUUCUGGGGAGCUUUGCAAAAUUGCUAGGGAGAAAGGUGCACCAGGUUAUGGAACAAGAGAUGCGAUGAUCAAAUGGCUUGAGACUGGGAUCCUUGAGUAUGAGGAUAUGCACAUCGAGUCGCUUAGGGAACAGUGUUGGAAGCGCUUAGUGCCGCAAUACAGUAAUGAUGAUAAGGAAGCUUUGAUAGAAAGACUUAGAAUUCUGGAUAAGUAUGAGGAAGAUAGCGAGGAGAGCGCUUCAAGGGAGGCUAGCGAAGUUGCCGAUGCCGAAAGUGUUGAUGAAGGCAGUGUUGAUGAAGGCAGUGUUGAGCAGGAUGACAAGAUUGUUUCGAUUGCAGGGCCAUCCGCAACUGGCACCGUGUCUAGUGACUCGCCAUAUGCAAAGAAAGACAAUAGUAUGCUUCGAGUUUUACUCCGAGAUCGACACCUUCAAAUUUCCGGUACACGGGAAGAAAUGAUUCAUCGCUUAGAAACUUCUGCUUACAAUUACGAAUCCUACACUUCCGAAAAGCUGUCACGUAUACUCAAGCGUCGGGGAUUCACCAAUGCCUCUCGCGGUAACAAAGCACUCAAAGUCGAGCGACUGAAGAACAGCGAUGAAGAUCUCUGCGACCGAACCAACUCGGAAGUAAUGGAGUUGUACAGAGAAGCCCAUAAAGAUGACCAAAAAAUCAAAUACGUAGAGGCAGCUCUGAAAGCUUUAGCUGGAAAGAAAAUCUCUUACCAGAACUUGGAGCCCCCUGCCCUUUUGAUUCUUGCAAACAAUAUGGGAAUACAGACAAGUGGGGAUUAUGAUGAGAUACGAGCGUCAUUUCGAGCUGAUUGCGAUGAGCGGGGCCGUCAGAUCAGUGAUCCUGACUACAGAGAGGGAUCUAUUGAAAGAUUGGAGUUUUUGCUGGACAUGUUUAAAUCCGAAUCUACGAUAGAGAAAGCAGAGCUGAGAAGGAUUUUAAAGCACCCUUGUUUGGAUGUAGCAGCUGUUAUAAAGCAAUGUGAUGAUGUGUGGGUCCGCGAUCGUGAGAUCGUGGAAAAUCACGAGUCCGAAUCCACAUUAAAAGCUCAACUGGAUUCUCAUGCGACAAAAUCUCCCACCCCAAGAUCGCCAAAGCCAGGACCUAGAAAACGAAAGCCGUUCUGUGAUCAUGAUUGGAAAGACUCACAUUGGGCGAAUAGGAGCAUGAGAGAUUUACUUGACAUUUGUGAAAGGAGAGGAAUGAAACUCCACGGCACGAGAGCUAUAUUGAUCAAGUACAUUGAGACUGGCGAGAUCGACUAUGAGGACCUAUAUGUUGAUGAUCUGAAAAGUAUGUGCGAGAAGCGGCGAAUCAGAUGUAAAUCCAGCGCAAACAGACUUGAUAUAGCGAAGCUAUUGAGGGAGACUGACGAGAAAGAAAUUGCUUAUCGGGAUCUGGGAGUUCCAGCUCUAAGAAAAUUGUGUAAGGAACGUGAGAUGAAGGUCAAGUCAAAUGAACCAAGACAGGACUUGAUAACAGAUCUUAGAGUAGCUGACGAAAGGACUGGGCGGGUAUAG